AUUAUAAAUGAAUUUUAAAUGAAACAAUUCAAUAGAAUAUUGAAUUAAUUUUAAGAAAUAAGUGCAUGAUUUGAAUAAUAAAAAAAAUCCAUCUAUGAAUUUGGGCGUGUUUAAUAAAGUUAACUUAAAGGUUAAUGCUGAAGGUAAAGGCAUGUAUGGAGAAUGGACAUCUUUAACGUCUAUAAUACAAAACAAUAUACAAGAGGGUACAAGUGUUUUAGACAAACUUGACACAAAUAUUGGUAAAGAUGUUGCUUUACAAGUUGUACGACAAUUAGCGACUAAUUUAGGUAUUGCACAAGCGGCUGAACCUAGUCCACUUACUACCGACAGAGAAGUACUAUGGUAUAUGGAGGUAAUAUGUUACGGCCUAACACUGCCGUUAGCCGAACAUGACACAAUACGUGAUUGUGUCAACGUAUACUGUGAAUGGUUGUCUGCUUUAGAUACGGUGCCAAAAAUUAGUGUACCUAAACCAGUAUACGAUGAUCCAAACUUAUAUGCUCGAAAAAUUAUCAUACAUUUUCAAAAUUUAUUUGUGCCACGUAAAGAUGAAGGUGUUGAUGCUAUAAAUCGUCAAGCAGUAUUAUGUCAUCGUGUUUUACGGACCCUUCAACAUUUAGCACAAACAUCACGUCACAUGACCAAAGAGACAUGGGAUUGUUUAUUAUUGUUUUUAAUAUCGGUCAAUGAUACAUUAUUAGCACCUCCAAAUCUCAAUGAUGCUUCGGCUGAUGUUGGAGGUGAUCAACUCUGUGAGCGGGUUUUGGGUGUGUUGUUCGAAGUGUGGCUGUUGGCUUGCGGGAAAUGCUUUCCAUCUCCACCGUUAUGGAAAACUAUGCGAGAGAAUUGUAUGAAAUGGCGACAUCAUGUUGCGUUAAUCGAGCAAUGGAAUCGUAUUAAUUUGGCUUUAACGGCACGGUUAUUAUCGUUUAUGUAUGGACCUACUUUUCCUGAACUGAAAAUCAGUGAAGAAGACGCUCAAUUAAUUCCACCAGAUAUGAGUAACGAUUGUAUUGCACAAAGUUGGUUUCGAUUUUUACAUUGUAUUGGUAAUCCAGUGAAUUUAUGCCGACCAUCGGUUAUCAGUCAAACGGAUAAAUUUUUACAAUUUGCAAUUGGAAAUGAUGGCGCAAUUGAUCCAACUCAACAUCCAUGUUUAAAUAAUUUACCAUUAAUUUUUCAUAAGGCUGUUAAGGGAUUUUCUGGUUUGGUUGAUGCAUUUUUAGGUAUUGGACAUGCAUACUCAUGGGAGGACAGUACACCAAUUGGUAUCUGGGAAAAGGGAAAAGAUCAUCGUUCAAGUAUAAACGAAUCCCAUAGUACAACGACGCCACCAACCCAACGUCGUUUGGCGAAAAGUUUUAGCGUAAAUCCAUCCACUGUUACAAAAGGUCUGCCAAAAUCAGCAUUAACAAAUUUUGCUAGUUCAAGAUCAAGUAGUGUACAAGCACCAACUAAUUCUGGACCAUCUUCGACAUCCAGUUUAACUUCAAAUUUAUCCUUACAUCAUGAUUGGAGAUAUACAUUUACUCCAAAUCGUCCAAAAUGUAACAGUAUUUUACAUUUAUUUGGGGAAUGGUUAUUUGAGGCGGCUUUUAUUGGUACUGACCAGGAACAACAAUUUACCAGCACAACAAAUGAAGGAAGUAAACGUUCUAGCACAUUAGUAGAAGAUCCUCCUUCAAGUGGCUCUUCAUCAAACCCACCAUCUUCAAGUGGAACUGGUACCUCAUUCAAUGAUUUCUCACCAGCAUUAAUGGCAGAAAACUAUGAAUCGGGUCGAGCAGAAGCAAUCGGUACAUUAUGUCGUGUGUUUUGUGCUAAGAAAACCGGCGAAGAAAUAUUAACGGUAUAUUCGGCGCGAUUUUAUCUAGCCAUACAAUGUGGUUUAAAACAAAAAUCACAUCCACCUGGUGAAUCAUACUGUGACGAAACAAUGGCUAGUAUUUUGUUAAAUAGUGCAGAUCUUUUUAAAUUAGAGUUACAAGGUAUACAAGUGCUUAUACCUUCAUUUAUGUCAGCCUUAGAGAUUGUGUUACCUGAAAAAGAUUUGAAAUUAAAAUCGAAUACAAUCUCCAAAAUUGAGUUACGACGUGCGUCCAUACAAAUUUUACUAUCGUUGUUGGUAUUACCGUUGCACUACCAAAAUUUAACAAUACGUGAUAUGUUAAGUAGUAACAUGCCAUCUGGAGAUGGUGGUUCAGGUAUGCGUGGAGGUGUUACGACAUUUAUACAAUUAAAACCACGUUUAAUGAAUUUAUUAAUAAAUGCAUUACAAGUUGAAGUUGAUACAUACAAUACACACAUGUUAUUAGGUGGUUUAUUAUUGAGUGUUCAAGAUUCAGCGACUUACGAAUUAACGGAUUGCUUCAUUCAAUCACGUACGAAUAGUGAGACAAAUUCAAAUUUAUUGUCGUCAGCAUCUGAUUCAACUAGCGUGACAAGCGCUACGACGACUGCAGCGACCAGUACUACCACAUUCAAUUCGUCAUCGCCAGUUGUCACUGCUGUUGAUUUUCAUAGUCUGCCAGAAGAUGUGACCAAUCAUGAUUUGAUACAAACAUCAUUGGAAACAUCUGGUCAACCGUUUGAUUCAGCGCAUGCGUUAUUCGUGCGUGCAACAUACUUAGUAUGUCAUCGUUUAAUAUCGUCCUGGAAAACUGAUUUAAAUGUUUCGUUGGCGGCGUUGGAGCUAUUAAUGGGUCUUUCUAGAAUUAAUAUCAAAGAAUCUGAUGCACUUGAAUGUAAACGAGCCGUAAAAUGGCUAUGCGAUUACAUAAUAUAUCAAUGUUGGCGUCCACCUCAAGCACAUUCCAAAGAUUUACAUUCCACAAUUGUUGCUGCAUUUCAUUGCUGUUCUGUAUGGUUGGUAGCACAUCCAUACUUAUUACAAGAUAAAGAUUGCUUGUACACGGCUUUGGAAGUAGCUGAAUUAGGUAUAUCGGGUACAAAAUCCAUUGGGAAACCUGGUGAAUCGAUUACAAUGAAAGAUGAAAAACAAUUGAAACCAGCAUCAAUGCGAGUACGAGAAUCGGCUGAAUAUUUAUUAUCUACAAUUAUGGAACAGGUUGGAUAUUUCCCCAGUGACUGUGGAGCAGAAUCAUUGAGCUCCUUAUUAAAUGAAGUUACAUUAUUAAAACAUUGUAAUUUAUGGUCGGGUAACAGCGAUGCUGAAGAGGCUGUGCAACAUUUUCGCUAUUUUGUUGCUGAAAAUUCAACAAUAUUAGCAUUGCUAGAGGAACCAUUAGGAAACGAUCAAGAUCCACAGCCAACAGUAACAUUAAUUAUUCGUGGUCCGUUUGGACGAUAUGCCUGGACAAUGCAAUUACGACAUUUACCUAGGCAUAAAUCUGGUUCGAAAUAUCAUGCGCCAAAUUCUGGACGACCUGUAGCAAUGAAUGAGCCACAAGUGCAGCCACAAGUACACCAAACAUACUUUCCAGAAUCCGUUGAUCGAAUUCCAACAUUUAAAGUUGAUACCUGCAUCCCCACUUUAGACUCAUUGGUAUCGUCAGAAAAUUCCUUCGAAUUUGAACAAUUCACUCAACUUUUAGAGCGGCAAAGUUCACUUGAAACCGCAUUUCUGAAAAAGAAUAACGACACAGAUCAUGAAUAUGCCAGUAAUGAAUGCACCCCACCAAAUGUGUGCCAUGAAUUCCAAACUGCUCGAUUAUUUUUAUCUCAUUUUGGAUUCAUCUCGUACGACACACCUACUGAUCCAGAUGACGAACAAAUACCAAGACUUACAGCACUAGAUUCUUCAUUACCCGGAUUUUGGAGUGAACUCGAAAAUUUAGACCGUAUGAGCGCACGCACAUGCGACACAGUACACAUAUUUUACGUAGGUGCAGGACAACAGACAGCUGAAGAAAUUGUUUCAAAUGUAACACAUGAAUCGAAUGUUUCAAGUGUAUUUUUACAAUUUUUAACAACAUUAGGUUGGCCAGUUGAUGUGUCAUAUCAUCCUGGAUGGACGGGACAUAUGUCGACUAGUUGGAAUUUUGAUGUUCCCGAAAAUGGUGCUGAUCAGAAUAAAGUGAAUGAAAUGGCGCAACAACAUGGCGGUAGUUUGUAUAAUGGAGAGAAACAAGUAUUGUAUUGGUCUGAUGUUAGUUCGGAAAUUGCAUUUGUUGUGCCAUCUAAGUGUAAAAUUAUUGAUAAUGCUUCGGAGGAAAGUCUUUCAACGUUUGAUGGAUCGUCAUUUAAAAAUUGGUAUGACAACGAUGAUCAAUCGACAAAAAGUCGUUCAUCCGUUGAAUUCGAACGUCAAACAUCGUUAGGAGAUUCAGGACGGCGACGCAAUACUACACGAGCUCAAAUGAAUCAACAUGCCGAUGCAAAAAUUAUGAUUGCAUGGCUAGAAAAUUAUGAAGAUCAUUUAUAUUUUCCAAUUGAUGAUCUGUUACAAUGUAUGCAAACAAGUAAAAUGGAAUUACAUAAUCCACCUAAGGCUUCUGAUGUGAUUGUUAUAUAUUUACAUGAGUUAAAAUCGGGUUUGUUACGUGUACAUUUAAAGGGCCCAAGCAGCCGCAUGAAUUUGGCGACGCCAUUAGUUGAUGGUAUGAUUGUGUCAAGUAAAAUUUUAGGACCACUUGUACGGCAAACGGCAUUAAAUAUGGCAAAACGGCGACGAUUAGACUGUGAUAUGUAUCAACCACCGCAUGUAAGGCGUCGAGUAAAAAUUCAAGAUAUUACAAAUAAUUAUAAACGAAAAAUGACACAGCCAGAAUUACUUACUUCAUUGUUUAGUGGUUUUUAAUUAAAUCAAAUAAAAAAUACUUAAUUUUUUUUAAACUAUA